GUAACUUAGAGAUGAACAACUGGGAGGAGUGGAAGCCAAUUUUUGCAAUGGUAGGAAUCAAUAUCGUAUAUGGCGUAAUGAACAGUGUUAUUAAGGUGGUCAUUGAUGAGGGGACGAACCGAUUAGUUUAUCUCACAUACCAGCAAUUGGUGGCUGCUCUUUUUGUGGCUCCAGUGGCCUAUAUCACCGAGAGGGGAACUAGGCCGAAGCUCACUGGAGAAAUCCUUGCGUACCUCUUCUUCAGUGCCUUGCUUGGGGCUACGCUUAUCAAUUAUUUCUUCUUAAUGGGACUUCAGUAUACUUCGGCCACAUUCGCUUGUGCUUUCCUCAACAUGACUCCGGUGUCCACUUUCUUGGCUGCUAUACCUUUCCGGUUCCCCUCUCUCUCACUCUCU